AUGUGUCCAACAAUUGAUAUAGAGCCCUCCAAUGCGAUUCAAUGUUUCUAUGGUAACUGCUAUGCAGAAUCUGUUCAAGUUUUGAGGGAAUCAGGAAAAGUAACAGGUCUUCUGUUUAAACUUGUGGGAGAAGGAAACAGCUUCGGUACAUUACCAGACCUGAAUAAAAAAGUUGUUGAAAGAACGGUUUCAUUUGGAGACACGUGUCAGGAUGUCAUGACGUGUUUUGGUUCACCUUGUAAAGUAUUUUAUAAAGCUGAAGAUAAGUGUUGUGUUGAUAAAGUUAUGCCUGAUUGCAGGCUAUAUGCAUAAGCUCGGGAAACAGGGAUAAAACAAGGCAUGAAUUGAGCCCCGAGGUGCAAAAAGUGAAGAGCGUAUUUUUUGUACAAUGUCUUUUGUUUAAUAAAUAUUUGUUAUAACAA